AUGGAGAGCAAUACGGGGGAGUUUAUGCUUUCCGCUCGAGAUAACUGCAGAGCAGAGAAUGGAUCCGACCACGAUUUGAGCGCCGCCAACUCGGAAAUGAUUUACAGAGUUUUUUAUUCAAAAGCAAAGUUAAAAGCGAUCGCGCAGACAAGUGCCCUCCUCGCCGGUUUCGCCAUGGUGGCCAUGGUAGAAGUAACCCUCGACAAUGCAGUUCCGUAUCCUUCAAUCCUCCUGGUUCUCUUUUCUUGCGUUACUACUCUACUCGUCAUUGUCCAUCUUUUCUCGCUUAUGAUCGCGACGUGUAUUCUUCCGAACAUCGAAGCCGCAGUGGGCAUCCGCAAAUGGUCGAGUUCUCCGCACAACAAGUUCAAAUCUCAAAUCGAAGUGGCGUGGAUUCUCUCAACUGGUUUCGGCCUGGUACUUUUCCUCAUAGAAGUGGCUCUUCUGAUUUGGAUCAAGUUCUGGACCAUCAUGGAUCAUGGAAGCCCGAGCGUCGAGGAAACGACCGACGAUACUCCUCCCACGACGAUAGAGCCAGAAUCGGACUUGCCGAACAACAAUCCUUCGCACAGAGGGGCAAUGCUAGCGGCGAUCAUUGCUUCUGUCGCGUUUCUAGUGCCAGGCGGCAUUGCCUUCGUCUACUUUGGCGCCAGUUUUUACAGUAAACUAGCGAACCACGCGAGGGAAAUAAGAAUGUCCGAAAUGGACAAGAUUCACGAAAAACGCCUUUUGCUCGAUGGAGAAGGAAUCGGGGAAGGGAGGAUUUCAAACGCUUCUCUCUAUUCUUUCAAGGAAUGGUUUUCAUCAGUCUAUCUCUAUUUCGAUUUAUCGACAGAGAAUGAAACCGAAUAA